AUGCGUGUCCUAAUCACAAUUUUCUCAAUUAUCAAUAAUUUUCACACAUCCAACUACAGGGUGUACAUUAUUGGACUAGACCAUUACGAAGUCGAAUAUCUCGUAAAAAGCAAUUCUAGCGCUCAUAAAAUUUGUGUGUCGGGAAUGAGCGGUCGGUUCCCUCUCUCAGACACUACCGAUGAAUUUGCCAAAAAUCUUUUCGAUGGCGUAGAUAUGGUUACCGAAGACGACAGUCGAUGGCCAUUAGGUCUAUUCAAUAUAUCCAAUCGUAUGGGGAAAAUUCAUAGUUACCAGAACUUUGAUAGCGGAUUCUUUGGACUUAUGGGUCAAACGGUAACAGAGAUGGACCCACAGUGCCGUCUACUUUUGGAGGUGUCAUACGAAGCCAUUCUAGACUCAGAUCUAGAUUAG